AUGCUCUUGGGCGCCCAGGCCCUGAAGCACCGGUUCGGCACAAAAACAGUCGGUUCGACAAGAGCCUAUCAUGCCUCCAAAAGCACGCCAGUCAUGUGGGCAUUGAUGUCAGCUCAGUAUGAGGGUGCAGCUGCUUUACUUGCGGCCGGUGCCAGGCUAGACAUUUGCAACUGCAGAGGCUGGAGGGCAGAAGAUUUUGUGAAAGGACUGUCAAUCCCCGGCUUCCUGCAACAAGGUUUGGAGGGAGAUCCGUCGGAAUGCAAGCGGGUGGCAUGCCUCGCCCUCUCUGACGCUGAUGUUUUUCAAGUUUGA